GUGCCUCUCACGAUUCCGUUCUCGCUCUGCCCUCCGUCUCGUUAUUCCGUUCGUACAACGCGUCUGAGUGUUGCUUUGCAUCGUUACUUAUUAAACCAGCCAAACGUUAGCACAAGUCGUUAAUGCUCUUAGAAAAAAUACCGGAGAGACGCAUAAGAAAAAGAGAAAGAGAAAAGGGAGGGGAGAGAGAGAGAAAGAGAGAGAGAGAGAGUGUACUCAACCGAAAGACACCGGUACAUAACGAACGAACGUUGUUUUUUCGUGCUUUUAUCUUUAUCGUGUAUCGUCGUGUGUGUCGCGUUUAAUCUACGGCCCCUACCGACUAAGGCCGCUGUCUCCGUUCCGGAAUACACACGCGUUAUCAAAUGCACGCACGUACGCACGCGAAAAGAUUGCUUCCGGAUGCAGUGAAUUUCAGCCGGUGAACAUCACGCCGGGCCAACGCUCUAGACUGCACGAUCCACCAGCGAAUCAUUAUUACGAGAUAACCAUUCUUCUGGAUAAUUAUCAUCGCCAAAUAAGGUGAAAGAGAUAAAAAAAGAGAAGAGAGAGACAGGGAAAAAUACAUGCGAAAUUGAAAAUUGAAAAAGAAGAGGAAAACAAAAAUAUAUUGCUCUGCAGGAAGAAAGCAGAAACCUUAACAACGAAGACGAUGGAGUGACGGAGCACAAGCCGAACAUCCGAUCACCGUUCGCGAAUACUUCCUUGAAGGGAGAAGGAGCAGGAGUAAAGCCACGGGUGGCAGAAGAGGAGGAAGGACAGUGGAGGUAGGAGAAAGUGGUAGAACGGAGGUGGUAGAACGGAGGUGGUGGUGGUGAGGAAGAGAAGAGUAGAAGAAGAGGGAAGUGAAGCAAGUGUAGCUGCAUCGUUGACACCGAGGAGCCUUUUCCUCGGGAGGAAAUCAACCUGGCCUGACGACUGUGUCUGUCGUCUAAACGGCCCCGUCGCUACUGCAGCGGCUGUGUGUCACUACUGUUCCACUGCCCCACACACCGCGGCCUCAUGAUUGGUUCAUUCUGGAACCUCUGUCGUGCGUGCCCUUCAAUGCCAAUUGACAAGCAGCUCCAUUCAGAGUAUAGGAGCACGUACACAUGGCACGAAUAUACUGGGCCGCACCAGGAACAAGUUGUUCGUCGAGCACCACAACCCCCGCCGACAUCGACGAAGCAAGCGAGCGCGAAGCUACAAUCGGCCAAGUCAACCGAGGAUGAGAACAACGAAGGACCCACUUUGGAACCGCCAUUGCCACGGCGAAAGAAAUGUCCGGAGCUUGCGUACAAAACGCACGAAUUCAUCACGGCAGCCGAUGGGGGUGGUAUCGAUGCCGUCGAUUCCAACGUUGUAGCUGACAAAGUUCGAGAAGUUACAACGCAGUCGGGUUUACCACCGAGUCAAUUGAGCAAAGCAAUCUCACGGAUCAGCACCGAGUAUCGAUUGCAGUUUGCCUGGCCUAGAAGACCCCAACUGACGAAUGGCGAGACAGUGGCACCAGGAGUGAUGGCUGCCGGACUCCCUGCAGGUACGACAGGACCACCUAGAAAGUCUCUCAGCAUGGGAGCUCUUAAGCAGGGUAUCGCUCCUACAGGGCCCGCCCCGGUUCACAAGAAACGUCCCGGUGAUGUCGAUCAUAAGCGUGAUGGGAUGCAAGCAUCGGAGCUAGAACCUUUGGUCGGAGGAACUGGAACGGACACUAUCGACGGAGUGGUGCCCGAGGGCGAUGAGCGCGAGGAAGACAUGUCGGAUUUGAAAAUAACUUUCAGGGGUAAAAAAUCAGGUAGGACCGUAAGGAUAUCGGAUGAUAAAGGGCUGAGCAAACCGCAAAAGGAGAAACCGUUUCCAACUGCUGAAGUCAUCGAGCUUAGACGACUCGCUGACGAGUACAAGCAUCGCGACUGGGGUUGCGGUCUGGCAGCCGAGGACGAGGCUUCGCUGUGGAAACGGGUCUCCAGUAACCACGCUCUCAACGCGCUGUCCCUUGCCAGGUCAGUAACGAAGGAAGAGAAAGAAAAAGAGAACACGAGAAAAGUUGCUCCGGUUACUGCCGCGAUGACCAUGCCUCCUGCAGGUCGGCCAUCUUCGGUUCAAGCUAGACCCAUUCAUGGAAUUUUGCAGGAUGAUACUAAAGCGGAUACGGAAAGAGCUAUUGCUCGCGCAAGAAAAGAUUUCUUGAUCCGCCAUCAUCUGGAUCGUACUACUGGCGUGGGCGAUGGUGCACUGCUUCCCUCUCCAACGAGAGAAAAGUUGGAGCCCGUGAUACCACGACGUCGAGAGGAAACGAAAGAGCACCGCGAAGAAAUUCAGCCUAAAACGAAAUCCAGCCCUAAGAACAGUCCAAGAACCGGUCGUUCGCAGAGCCUUGGUCCAACUGUGACAGAACGUCGAUCACCUAAACGUCAACCGCCUCGUGCGCCUUCCGUAACUAAAGAUGCUAAGGAAAAGGAGAAGGAACCAAAGGACAAGGAGAAAGAGCUUUUUAAAAGGGAAAAAGGCGGUGAGCCUGAAAGGCAUCCACGACCGAUCACGGGCCCUGGCCGCGUGCGUUGGAGCAUAUGGGAACCGUCGACGGUUUCCUCGACGGGUUCGUCGACCAGCGUGCCACCAUUACCGCCACCACCCUCGGGCCCAGGGCCUACUCCGUUCUACAGGAGGUCCCCGCAGGUCCAUCGGAAAUUGACGGCAGAGCCACAAGUAAACGGGGACGUGACGGGUGGAGAGUCGAGUGUCGCGUCAACGCCACCGUCCCAGUCUCAGGCGCCAGUUUCAGCCACCGCCGCAAGCCCGUGGAUCGACGACGAACCGGUAGUGAAAAGUCCGCCAGAACCAACCAGGGUAAAGUCGCCGGAACAAAUGAUCAUGCGUUCACCGGAACCGGUCAACUGGACGGUUCCAUUAGACACCGGGAAAACGUUCACUGUCACGCAAAACGUUAGAGAAGAACCUCUGACGCGUCCGCAUAGCGAGGCAAAGAGCUGGGCACCUUCGUCGGUUCCAUCGGCUCCGCAAUCUGCACCACCUGAAUUAGCGGCACAGCACAAGUCGCAACAUUCCCAACAUUCCGGAUAUAAAUCUCCAGAAAGUGAAAGUGUUUCUAUAGGUAGCUUUAGCGGUUUGAACGGACACAAGGACAUGGACUCCGAAAGGGAUAGUCCGUUGCCCUCGAAUAUUCAAACUGGCGGCACCCCCACACACGUUGACGAUGAAACAGGCGGUAUCGAAGAAGAAUCUAAAGAGCAAAGAUCGGAGCCAUCAAUAAAAUCCGUAGCAGGGACGAGCUUAAGAUGUCUAGAGGAUCCAAGUUUCGAAUAUGAGAGGAAAAAAGAAGGUAGCCAGCCAACAACGACGGCGACCAUGACAGCCCCGUCAUCGACGACGACUCCUCAACAGGGUUACCGCAUCCUGGAGGCGGAGUCGCCUCAAGGUGGCACCAUUGAUAGUGGCGGUGCCGGUAACGUGGGUGGAAUAGGAAGUAGCGGGGGUGGCUACCAUGUACUGGAAGCGCCGACAGUGGUUCCAGGCUCUGCACAACGUUCCGCAGCGAGCGAAGUGCUGGAAAAAGCACGAAAUCGUUUCGAUAAAUUCUGGGGAAAGAGCAGCGGCUCAGAGAAUUAGGGCGUUCAAUGCGAGAAAAUAAAAGUAGUAGCAGUGUUCUCGAAAGCGGAGGAGCAAAGAGAAACGAAAAAGACGAAGGUAGAAGAGAAAAGGAGAAUAAAUGAUAAAACAAUUCGACGAGGUUCCUAUGGAAGCUCCUUUCCUGAUUCGUCUUCUUGUUCCGGUUGUUUUUCAUCGGAAACGAGAUAUCUCGUAGGUUCCUUUCCGUCUUACUCGUCACGUGCUGAGCGUUCUUCGUUCUUCCGGAAACGCCUCGAAAAAUCUGUUCGAACAUUUUCUUUAAUUCGUUCAUCAGAACGUAUAUAUAUAUAUAUAUUGUAUUCAUCUCAACCAAAAGUUGAAAUGAUAUAUUAUAGCGGGAAUUUUCUUUUUUUUAGGAAAAAUUUUUUUUUCAUUCCAUUUCAUUAUUAUUUUAAGCACGAAAAGAAGAAUUUUUCGAACUUAUACGAGUGCUUGAUAAUGUAAUCGAUAAAGUUUCGAAAAAAAGACGUCGUAAAGAAAAAAAAAAUUGGUAAAUAUAUCUUCUCUAUAAAAUGAAAACAAGGAAAACGAAGAGGUGCAUGCAGGAAAUUAUUCUUAUUAAAAUUCGAAGAAUAAUUCGAAGAAUGCAUUUGAUUAUGUACACAAAUACACAUUUACGCAAUACACAGUGUUAUGCACACAUUUUUUAAUUUGCCAGAACUAGCAAAUAUAUGUUCGACUGAAAGAUGAUUUUAAGUCGAAAUGAAGAAAAUGUUAAAACAAAAACUUAAAAAAAUCUAAUUUCCAAUCUGUAGGACAUUCAGAUAUAUACACAAAUAUACACGCGAUACCACGAGAUGGGAUACAUAGAAAGGCACGCACUUAGACGAGUAUGCGAGUCAAUAAGUUUCUAAGAUGUUUCAAGUGAUCCUUCGAUGUUUCGGCGGGGGAUCAGCCAUAGUUAAGUCCGAAAUUUUUUUUUUUCCAUUAUAUAAGAACAAGGGAAUGAAGAGAAAAAAAAGAAAGAAAAUAAUCGUGACGAAUCGAAUUGCGAGGAAAUAAAAUACGGCUUGUUGCUAUAAAUAAGGAGAGAAGGAUUCAAUAACCUUCAAUCGCUUCGUGCAUUUUAUAUAAAUCUAUAUACAAAAAACAAUUAUGUACGUAUACACGAAUAUGAAUGUGUACAAUUAAUGGGUAUUGCACUCGCGGAUUACAUAAUCACGGAACCGAAAAUAUUCCUAAGAUCUUUCCUGUCAAUCAUCCAAUUUUUCGUCUUAUCGAUCAAUUUAAAAAAAAAAAAAAAAAAAAAAAAAAAAAAAGAUCUCUAGAAAGAAAGUUGAUCGUCCGCGAUAGAUCUGAUUAAAUUAUUAUCGAUAGUACCGUGAAAAGAUUAGUUUCUUUUAAAUACAAACUAACAUUUUCUGCCGAUUUAACAAGUUUGCCGAUUCAGAAAUGGAUAUAUAUUCCAUUUUUAUAUAGAAUACUUGAUCGUUUUUUAAGAAAUUUAUAGAAUAGUCUGUAUUAUUACUGCACAAGGCUGACAUUUUUGACAGUUGUAUCAUAUUCAUAUUAUUAUACAGAUAUUCUUAUUGUUUAUUCGCUUAUCUUAUCUUUGAGCAAAAACAAAAUCUUCAGUCUUUCUUAUAAGAUAUCUUAGUCUUUCCUUGAAUUUUCUUCAAAAAAAUUUCUUGAAAAAAAAAAAAAACGAUCAAGUAACGAGCAAUCUCCCAAAAAAAAAAAACUGGCAAA